AAAAUAUUAAGGUCCCACUAUAUUUCGGUCUGCUUAGGAUAGUCCCGAUAGAGAAAGUGAAUAUAGAGAAAAACCAGAGGUUGAAGCUGACUCAAAUGAACCGAACCAGCUCGUAAAAAAUUCUUCCCAACAAUUUCCAGUCAUCCAUGGAAACUAUUCGUCUCCAGGUCGGAAUCACCAAUUUCCGAUCACUGAAUCGCACAAGUAGAACCUGCAAAGAAGCCGAUUCACUCCAUCUCAAACCCUUUUUUACCACCAAAACCCUCUUCUCCAAACCCCUCUCUCCUCAUUCUCUCACUCAUCUCCGCCACUUCCAUUGUCUCGCCAAAGCCACCGAUCCUCACCACCACCAUCAUGAUCACCACCACGGUCACAACCACCAUCACCAUCACCAGCACCAGCACCAGCACCGGCACCAGCACGAUCACGGUGGCCAUGCCAAUCUGACUAGGGCACAGGAAGCGUUUCUUCGAUUCGCCGAAACAAUUAGGUGGACCGAUUUAGCAGACUUCUUGCGGGAACACUUGGAGCUGUGCUGCUGUGCCAUGGCUCUGUUUAUCGCUGCCGCAGCUUGUCCCUACUUGCUUCCGAAGCCGGCUGUGAAGCCUCUGCAGCGUGUUUUCAUUAUCAUUGCUUUCCCUCUCGUUGGGGUCUCUGCAUCACUGGAUUCUCUCAUUGAUAUUACUGGUGGAAAAAUAAACAUUCAUGUACUGAUGGCUCUUGCAGCCUUUGCAUCCAUGUUUAUGGGAAAUCCAUUGGAAGGAGGCUUGCUUCUUGCAAUGUUUAAUCUGGCUCAUAUUGCUGAAGAGUAUUUCACCAGCCGCUCAAAGAUUGAUGUUAAGGAGUUGAAAGAAAAUUAUCCAGAUUUUGCUCUUGUGCUGGAAGUAAGCAAUGAGAAAUUGCCUAAUUUCUCUGAUUUGUCAUACAAAAAAGUCCCUGUAAAUAACUUAAAAGUGGGCUCAUAUAUAUUGGUCAAAGCUGGUGAGUCUGUACCUGUAGAUUGUGAAGUUUUCCAAGGUAGAUCAACAAUUACCAUCGAGCACUUGACUGGAGAAGUCAAACCAAUGGAGAGGAAAGUUGGGGAUUCUAUUCCUGGUGGUGCAAGGAACCUGGAUGGCAUGAUGAUAGUGAAGGCAAAAAAGACAUGGAAAGAAUCAAUGCUGAGCAGGAUUGUGCAAUUGACCGAAAAAGCGCAACUAAGUAAACCAAAGCUUCAGAGGUGGCUGGAUAAGUUUGGUGAGCACUACAGUAAAGUGGUUGUAGUUCUAUCAGUUGCUGUUGCCUUCCUUGGGCCAUUGCUUUUCAAGUGGCCAUUCAUUAGUACACCAGUUUGCAGAGGAUCAGUUUACAGAGCGCUGGGGCUCAUGGUGGCAGCGUCACCUUGUGCAUUGGCUGUAGCUCCUCUGGCAUAUGCUACUGCAAUCAGCUCUUGUGCAAGAAAGGGGAUAUUGCUGAAAGGUGGACAUGUACUAGAUACACUAGCUUCUUGCCACACUAUUGCAUUUGAUAAAACCGGUACGUUGACAACAGGGGAGUUUAUGUGCAAAGCAAUUGAACCAAUCCAUGGGCACAUGAAAAAUGGAGAAAGGUUUGGUUCUUGCUGUGUUCCAAGUUGUGAAAAGGAAGCUCUUGCUGUGGCAGCUGCCAUGGAGAAGGGUACCACUCACCCCAUUGGAAGAGCUGUUGUGGAUCAUAGUGUAGGGCAAGACCUUCCUUCCGUUUCUGUUGAAAGUUUUGAGAAUUUACCUGGUAGAGGUCUUUUUGCGACAUUAUCUAGUGUUGAGGCAGGACUUGGAGCAGGUGAACCAUUGAAAGCUUCACUUGGUUCUGUAGAGUUCGUCACUUCACUUUUUAGCUCUGAAGACGAAUCAAAAAAGAUUAUGGAAGCAGUGAGCACCUCUUCUUAUGGAAUUCAUUUUGUUCGGGCUGCUCUAUCAGUCAAUAAUAAAAAGGUAACACUGUUUCACUUUGAGGAUAAGCCUCGAUCUGGGGCUAUGGAUGUCAUACUGGCAUUGCAAAGUGAAGCAAAGCUCCAUGUAAUCAUGUUAACGGGUGACCAUAAUUCAAGUGCAUGGAGAGUUGCAAAUGCAGUUGGUAUCAAGGAGGUUUAUUGCAACUUGAAGCCUGAGGAUAAGCUCAGUCAUGUGACUAGUGUCUCAAGAGAUACUGGGGGAGGGCUUAUAAUGGUUGGUGACGGUAUCAACGAUGCUCCAGCACUUGCUGCUGCUACUGUAGGAAUUGUGCUGGCCCAACGUGCUAGUGCAACUGCUAUAGCUGUGGCAGAUGUGCUGUUGCUGCAGGACAAUAUUUCUGGUGUUCCAUUUUGUAUUGCUAAAUCUCAUCAAACAACUUCCCUGGUCAAACAAAAUGUCGCCCUUGCCUUAUCUAGCAUCUUUUUGGCCUCUCUUACGUCAGUUUUGGGGUUUCUUCCGCUCUGGUUAACGGUUCUUUUACAUGAAGGUGGCACUCUUAUUGUUUGUCUCAAUUCUAUCCGUGCUCUAAAUGACCCAACAUGGUCAUGGAGGCAGAAUCUUGUGGACAUGGUUGAUAAAUUCAAAUCCGUGAUUAUGUUUCGAAGGAGGCACAGUACCCGCCCCAGUACCAUUGAUGCUGCACCCCUGUAGCUAACACCAUCUAUGGUAGCCCUUUUAAGGUGUGAUUUCUUUGUGCUCAAACAAUGCUCUAAUUCUGUAAGAGUGUAAAUAGGAUGAAAAAAGUUAGAUCCCGUGUAGGUUUUUAAGUGUAUUUCGUGAAUAAUCAUAUUAUUUGACUCACAUAAAGUUUACUUGAGAAUUUCAAUGUAAUUUUAGUACAUUGUUGAUAUUUGUUUUUUCCUUGGUA